CAGCCGCCGCUGCUGCCGCGCCCUCGUCGGAGCCGCGGCCCCAGUCCCGGCGCCCGCGGCCAGUCCGCUGCGUCCCCUUCCCGGGCUGCAGGGCCGCCUCCGCCGCGCCGCCGGCCCGGGUUGUGCCUGUGAUGAGCCGCAGUCCGCCGCGAGCUCUGCCCCCGGGCGCGCUCCCCCGGCUGCUCCAGGCUGCGCCUGCCGCCGCGCCGCGCGCCCUGCUUCCGCCGUGGCCCCGGCGCCCGGGACGCCGCUGGCCCGCCUCGCCUCUCGGAAUGAAGGUGUUCCGCAGGAAGGCGCUAGUGCUGUGCGCGGGCUAUGUGCUGCUGCUGGUGCUCACUAUGCUCAACCUCCUGGACUACAAGUGGCACAAGGAGCCGCUGCAGCAGUGCAACCCCGACGGGCCGCUAGGUGCCGCAGCGGGGGCAUCCGGGGGCGGCUUGGGGCGCCCCGGGCCCCCUCCGGCCGCGCCGCCGCGCGCUCACACCCGCUUGGACCUUCGCACCCCUUAUCGCCCUCCCGCUGCUGCCGUCGGGGCGGCGCCUGCAGCCGGGGCGGGGGUGGGAGGGGCAGCAGCCCCUCCGGGCAACAGCACUCGGGACAGCGGGGGCAGCAGGGAGAAGCGGCAGCUGGUGUACGUGUUCACCACGUGGCGCUCGGGGUCGUCGUUCUUCGGCGAACUUUUCAACCAGAACCCCGAGGUGUUUUUCCUCUAUGAGCCAGUGUGGCACGUGUGGCAAAAACUGUACCCAGGGGACGCCGUUUCCCUGCAGGGGGCAGCGCGGGAUAUGCUGAGCGCUCUCUACCGCUGCGACCUCUCGGUCUUCCAGCUGUACAGCCCUGCGGGCAGCGGGGGGCGCAACCUCACCACGCUGGGCAUCUUCGGGGCUGCCACCAACAAAGUGGUAUGCUCAUCGCCUCUAUGCCCCGCCUACCGCAAGGAGGUGGUGGGGCUGGUGGACGACCGCGUGUGCAAGAAGUGCCCGCCGCAGCGCCUGGCACGUUUCGAGGAAGAGUGCCGCAAGUACCACACGCUGGUCAUCAAGGGCGUGCGCGUCUUCGACGUGGCUGUGUUGGCACCGCUGUUGCGAGACCCGGCCCUGGACCUCAAGGUCAUCCACCUAGUGCGCGAUCCCCGCGCGGUGGCCAGCUCACGUAUCCGCUCGCGCCACGGCCUCAUCCGCGAGAGCCUCCAGGUGGUGCGCAGUCGGGACCCCCGAGCCCAUCGCAUGCCAUUCCUGGAGGCUGCUGGCCACAAGCUAGGGGCCAAGAAGGAGGGCGUGGGUGGCCCAGCAGACUACCACGCGCUGGGUGCCAUGGAGGUCAUCUGCAACAGCAUGGCCAAGACGCUGCAGACGGCCCUGCAGCCCCCGGACUGGCUGCAGGGCCACUAUUUGGUGGUGCGGUACGAAGACCUGGUGGGAGACCCUGUCAAGACGCUGCGGAGGGUGUAUGACUUUGUGGGACUGUUGGUGAGCCCCGAGAUGGAGCAGUUUGCCCUAAACAUGACCAGCGGCUCGGGCUCCUCCUCCAAGCCUUUCGUGGUGUCUGCUCGUAAUGCCACGCAGGCCGCCAACGCCUGGCGGACCGCCCUCACCUUCCAGCAGAUCAAACAGGUGGAGGAGUUUUGCCACCAGCCCAUGGCUGUCCUGGGCUAUGAGCGCGUCAGCAGCCCCGAGGAGGUCAAAGACCUCAGCAAGACCCUGCUACGAAAGCCCCGGCUCUGAGCGGGGUGCCGGGGAGACAUGAUGUCCUGCGGAGAUACCCACAAAGUGGGGUGUGGUGUAUUUAAAUGAACACAGCCCAGACCCAAACCGAGGAAACCCACAUAGUCAAUUAUAGAUAUAUAAUAUAAAUAACCACACAGACACUUGCUGUGAGUGUUUUGAGUCAGUGAAUUUCAAGGAACAGCCACCACACACACACACACACGCAUCUCAGAAAAGGCAAGACUGGACAGUCCUGACCAGGUGCCCCUUUUCUCCUCUCUGCUGCCUUUUCUUCCUUCUCCUUCCUCCCAUUUCUUACCCCACCUUCCAUUUUGAAGUGGGAUGUUCAUGAAAUCAAGGUCCAGUAACUCAAAUCUUGUUUACAAAGUUUUCGUGGUAUCUGUGAACGUGUUAAGAGUCACUUGGAUGUGGGGGUGGGGGUGGAGAAAGGGGAAGUGGUCCAGGAACAGAAAGCCCCACCGGGCAGGAUUCUCCUAAAGUGAGUAGACUUUUGUGUAAAAAGCAAAGGUUACAUGUGAGUAUUAAUAAAGAAGAUAAUAAAUAAUAUCCUUUUU